AUGUCUGUAUCAGAUGCCCUCUCGAAGGUCCAAAAGCUCGUCUCCGAAGAGUCUGCAGGAAAUAAUAAUACCCACGCGGCUCUCCUCAAAGCGAUUCGGGAGCUUCAACUUGCGGUGGAGACACCUCUGGAGACAACCUCUCGAUUGAACUUUCAGAUCCUGCAAAACAUUUCUAUUCGAGUUGCAAUUGAGCACAAGUUCCUACAUGUCCUCGUUACUCAUGGGAAGUCCAUUUCCGCUGCGGAACUGGCUCAGGAAACAGGAUCGAAUCUUUUGUUGAUUAUCCGAGUCAUGCGCGUGUUAAGCGCCGUUGGCCUGUGCGAUGAAAUUGACAAUCAACUUUACGCCGCCAACGACAAGACCCGCUUCAAGAUCCUUCCAGGAUCCAUUGCAGCCGAGAAGCAUCACUUCGACCUCGAUUUCGGAAUGGGCGGGCGACUUGUAGACUAUAUGCGCGGGCCAGGAAUCCAACAAUUUGCCGAUGAACCUGAUGCCAUCACACUGUUCAAAUAUGCCUAUGGCACCGAUGUAAUCUUUGGUCUAUUGGAGAAGAAUCCAGAGCAGAAAGAAGCCUUUGACGAUUACAUGGCUGCGCGUCGCGUGGAUGACAUGCCGCAGUGGUUCGAGAUCUACCCAAUUGCAUCAACGCUGCGCUCUCUUCCUUACGACCCCAGUGCAGCUUUGAUUGUUGAUGUGGGUGGAGGCCCUGGACAAGAACUGAUAAGAUUCAAGGAGCGGUACCCCGAUCUUCCUGGCCGGUUUGUCCUUCAAGAUCUUCCAAUCACGCUGAACCGCAUUGUGGCAUUGCCAGAGGGGAUCGAAGCUGUGGAAUAUGACUUUUUCACCCCGCAGCCUGUCAAAGGUAUGUAUCAUGCUUCAUCGGUCACACAUUUUGCUUACCAUGCGUUAGGCUCCCAAAUCUACUUCCUGCGGGAUGUACUGCAUAACUGGUCCGAUGCCAAGAGCGCUCUGAUUCUGUCUCAGAUUGUUGAAGCUAUGGACCCGGACUACUCCAUUCUUGUCAUCGAUGAUUAUGUUCUUCCGGACACUGGGGCUGAGCUUCGAGCUGCGGAAAUGGAUAUUCUCAUGUGGCUUCACACGGCAGGACUGGAAAGGACGGUCUCCCAGUGGAAGAACUUGUUUGAUAAGGUCGGCCUUGAGCUGGUUGACAUCUGGAGUUCUCCUCGUGGAAAUGAGUCGGUGCUGGAAACAAGAGUGCGGAAGUAA